AAAAUCCACCCAAAUUUGUCUGACUUAUAAAGCCUAAAAGUUGCUGUUGCCAAAGAAUUUUUAGAAGGUGACACAGCAUUCUCCAACGUGCCAUCUCCACCACGCAUGCUCUGUUCUUAGUUUCUCUUUUCCAAUUACAUUCCCUUAAAAAACAUUUGAGCUGGGGAUAAGUAGGACAAUUGCUUUCCCUGCUGCAGGGGCAGCGAUGGGUCCGAGCAGUCAAGGAAUGAGGAAAAGGUCUGUUGAGGUGGAGCCCAGCCCCUGAGGUUGGAAAGAAGGAAAUUUAGGGAGCUGAACAUGGACAAGCAGGGGCAGAGAGCAUGACAUUAUCAAAUAUCCAUAGAAAACAGAGGCAAAAAUGUAAUCUUGACUAUUGCCCAGUUGAUGUAGAGCACAGUGUUCAGCAUUAGCUGGUGCAGUGAGCACGUCCAGAUCGAGACCUAGGCUGGAGCCAGUGUAGUUCCACACGUGCAGCUCCCAGUGUUCCUCAGCUGGCUUUUCCCAAAGCCUGCACACAUCUAUUCCUUGUGGAGGGGAUGGAUUGUGCAGGAAACCAAUGCACCUCAGCUGGGGAACAGGGACUGCAGGGCCGCUGACGGGUUGGGGUGGGAGCGCCCGGCGUGAGGGGCCACCAUGUCACGGUGGGCCUGGCGCUCAUGAGGUGGGACCUUCUUCUGUGGGGAAAAAGUGAAAAAAAUAGCUUAAAAUUCACCAGAGCUGUGCCCCUCAUGUCUGUUAAAUGGCAGUGGUGCGGUCCUGUCCCCAGCCAUGGAGCAGGCAGCCCAAGAGGGGUGCAAAAAUCCAUCGAAAUGAGGCAAACUUUGAUCCCUGGCUGGGAGUCGGGAGAAGAUGGCGGCACUGAGGCGCAAGGCUGCAGCUUGGGUGGCGAGAGUCGAACAGGAGGAUUGAAGAGCUCAGGUUAUGUCCAAGAGGAAGAUUUAAAGGAAGAGGAAGAUAUAAAGGAGGAGGAAGAAGACGAUGACGACAACUCAACUGCUCAGCUCCAGGGCAGCAAUGACACUGGCACGGAUGAGGAACAUGAUGUGGGUCCUGAGCAGAAAGGGAACUUUAGCUUCCAGAACUCCCCUGUCAGUCACAUAUCCAACCAGGAUGCAGAGAACGAAUCACUGCUGAGUGAUGGUAGUGACCAUGUGGCAGAUAUUAAAAGCAUUUGCUCUAGAGAGCCCCAGGACCCAAAAUCCAGCACCCAUCCCAAAUCCCAGAGCGAAGCACACGACUGCAUGGACAAAAUGACAGCGGUCUAUGCCAACAUCCUGUCGGACUCUUACUGGACAGGCUUGGGGCUGGGUUUCAAGUUGUCCAACUCCGAGAAGCGGAGUUGCGACAACAGAAACGGAGGGAACAAAGCUGACUUUGAUUGGCACCAAGACGCGCUGUCCAAAAGCUUGCAGCAGAACUUACCUUCCAGGCCCGUGUCCAAGCCCAACCUGUUCAGCUCGGUGCAGCUGUACAGGCAGAGCAGCAAGAUGUGCGGGACGGUGUUCACGGGCGCCAGCCGGUUCCGCUGCCGGCAGUGCAGCGCCGCCUACGACACCCUGGUGGAGCUCACGGUCCACAUGAACGAGACAGGCCACUACCAAGAUGACAACCACAAAAAGGACAAGCACAGACCUACCAGCUACUCAAAGCCCCAGAAAAGGGCCUUCCAGGACAUGGACAAGGAAGAUGCACAAAAAGUUCUGAAGUGUAUGUUCUGUGGUGACUCUUUUGAUUCCCUUCAAGAUCUGAGCGUUCAUAUGAUCAAAACAAAACAUUACCAAAAAGUGCCUUUGAAGGAGCCGGUACCAACCAUUUCUUCCAAAAUGGUCACUCCAGCAAAGAAACGCGUGUUUGAUGUGAACAGGCCUUGCUCCCCCGACUCCACGACGGGGUCUUUCUCGGAUACCUUUUCUCCUCAGAAGAACACGAACCUGCAGUUGUCAUCCAACAACCGCUACGGGUACCAGAACGGUGCCAGCUACACGUGGCAGUUCGAGGCCUGCAAAUCCCAGAUUCUGAAGUGCAUGGAAUGUGGGAGUUCCCAUGACACCUUGCAGCAGCUCACGACCCACAUGAUGGUCACGGGCCAUUUCCUGAAAGUCACAAGUUCAGCUUCAAAGAAAGGAAAGCAGCUUGUUCUGGAUCCUUUAGCUGUGGAAAAAAUGCAAUCGCUGUCUGAGGCACCAGCCAAUGACAGCCCGGUUUCAAAAUCGAUCAUUAAAUCAUCUGCAGAGUGCACAGCUCCCACCUCUGAACUGAAAAAGGAGAGUAAAAAAGAUAAAGCUGAUGAUGCAAAUAAAGAUGAGAAAGCAGUAAAAACUGAGGAGUAUGAAGACACUCUUCAGAAGCCACUGGAUCCCACAAUGAAAUACCAGUACCUCCGAGAAGAGGAUUUAGAAGAUGGUUCAAAGGGUGGUGGGGACAUUUUAAAGUCCUUGGAGAACACUGUCACAACAGCCAUCAAUAAAGCUCAAAAUGGAGCUCCCAGCUGGAGUGCAUACCCCAGCAUCCACGCAGCCUACCAGCUCUCAGAGGGAGCUAAGCCAUCUUUGCCAGUGGGAUCCCAAGUGCUGCAAAUCAGGCCCACAAUGACCAAUAAAUUGAGGCCCAUAGCACCUAAGUGGAAGGUGAUGCCUCUGGUCCCUAUCUCAGCAAACGUGGCCCAGUGCACUCAAGUGAAGAAGGAGGCUGAUGACAAGGAGGAGGUGCAGAAGGACUUUGCUAAAGAGGGCGUCCAAGCUGAGCCGGCUCCACUCAGCCAGAGCGAGAGAGAACCUCUCCUCAAACCUGAAACCUCUGUGGAGCCAAAAAAGACAGAACCAUGUCCCUUGAAAGAAGAAGACAAAAUUAAAGAGGACAGUGGAAAAGAGAAACCAGUCCUCAAGGAGCCACCAGCAGCUUCUCUCAGCAAUGGUUGUGCUGCCGCCAACCACUCCUCGGAGCUGCCUUGUGUCAACCCCCUCAGCGCGCUGCAGUCGGUGCUGAACAAUCACUUGGGCAAAGCCACUGAGCCUUUACAGUCUCAGGCCAACUGCAGCCCCAGCUCUAGCACAAUUUCUAUGUUCCACAAAAGUAAUCUAAAUAUGAUGGAGAAGCCGGUUUUAUCUCCUGCUCCAACCCCACCAAAGCCUGCCAGUGUAUCCAGGCACUAUUUGUUCGAAAACAAUGAUCAGCCUAUUGACCUGACCAAAUCCAAAGGCAAGAAAGCUGAGUCAGCCCAAGCACAAUCUUGUACUUCUCCACCUCAAAAACAUGCUCUGUCUGACAUCGCCGACAUGGUCAAAGUUCUUCCCAAAGCUACUACACCAAAACCUGCUGCAUCUUCAAGGAUCCCGUCCAUGAAGUUGGAAAUAGAUGUCCGACGCUUCGAGGAUGUCUCAGCAGAAGUCUCCACUCUGCAUAAAAGGAAGGGCAGACAGUCAAACUGGAACCCUCAGCAUCUUCUCAUUUUGCAAGCUCAGUUUGCUUCCAGCCUCUUCCAGACAUCUGAAGGUAAAUAUUUAUUAUCAGAUCUAGGCCCGCAGGAGCGCAUGCAGAUUUCCAAAUUCACUGGACUGUCGAUGACCACCAUCAGCCACUGGUUGGCAAAUGUCAAGUAUCAGCUUAGGAAAACCGGAGGAACAAAGUUUUUGAAAAACAUGGACAAAGGACAUCCAGUCUUUUAUUGCAGCGACUGUGCAUCUCAGUUCCGAACCCCAUCUACCUACAUUAGCCACUUAGAAUCCCACCUAGGUUUCCAAAUGAAAGACAUGAACAGGCUGGCUGUGGAGCAGCAAACCAAGGUAGAGCAAGAAAUCUCCAGAGUUUCAGUUCAAAGAUCUCCUGAAACAAUAGCUGGGGAAGAGGACACAGACUCUAAGUUCAAAUGUAAGUUGUGCUGUCGGACAUUUGCGAGCAAACAUGCAGUAAAACUUCAUCUAAGCAAAACACACAGCAAGUCACCAGAACACCAUUCACAAUUUGUAGCAGAAGUGGAUGAAGAAUAACUCUUAAGGACGAAUGCCUUAGUCCCAGCUCUCCAGCCCAGGCUCCCGCCCAGCCCUGCACGUCACUCCGGCCCUGACACUGAACUCACAGCAACCCGGACCCAGAAGACUGCCAAAAAAACUCCUGCUAUUCUUCUUCAUCCUCACUAACAAUUUGGUAAUGAAGUAUUGAUUUCCACUCCCCUGCUUAUGGACAAUAUUAGAUUUUCAUUGAUAAACUGCACUGGGGCUGUCUGGUCUCCACUGUCCCUUUUUGCUGUCACUGAAACAAAGUGCCACUGAAGUAAGAUAAUGACUGAGAACAUUGAUGUACUUAUUUCGUCAAUUUGUAACACUUGACAGGAAAAAAAAAUUCUUCAUAGUUUAAUGUCCAAGUGUGCUACACAAGAUGCAGUCACUUUGGAAGCUUUACUUUUCAUGGUAAUGUCCAUUUCCUAUUUAUAACCCCUUUGGGAUAGUUUGUCUAAAGGAAAUGUUUCUAUUCUGUGCAGCUAUUACUGUUGCACCUGGGUUGCCCAAUCCAGUCAUUGCACUAGGGAUCAAUACAUCACAGUAAGUACAAGAAUUAUUAAGUUAAAACAGAUUCUGAGCCAAAAAACCUCUGAACAAUGUUAAUCUUCUGUGCAAGUUGUUCAAAUAGUUAUGCUUAACCAUGUUGCUGCCAAAGAUUUGUUUGAAAUGGAUUAUUUUCAGUUUGUUUUAUUCCUCAGAUAUAUAUAUAUAUUUAAAUCUCCAUUACGGUUUAUGACGAGACAUAUGGGAUGGAGGGAUUUUUAAACAAAAGUACUAUUGUUAGAUUAUUGAACAUUAUAUAAAUAUAGCUAUAUCUAUAUAUAAAUAUCACUAUAUAAAUAUCUAUAUAUAGAUAUAAAAGAAGAAAAGUAGAAUUCCUUUCUUAGUUAGGUGAGUGUAAAUCUGAAACUCUCUGUCGUAGUCAAUGGAGUUAUUUUGGGUUUAUGCCACCACAAAUGGGAUCAGAAUCUGGUGUCCGUGUUCUGUGCUGUGCCUUCAAGUCCACCAAGACCUGGGGAGAAGGGGGCUACAGAGAUGGCAAUUCCGAAUUUGUGCUUGGAACUUUUUUCAUUAAAACUUCGAGAUCGCAGUUUUAAUUUGUGGAAUAUUCACGUUAAUAAUGAGAUCUAAUUAAGACAUCCAUUAAAAGCCCGUUAAAGUUAAUUUAACGUAAAAAUUCCAAUAGAACUGUAUUAGAUUUUCUCCAUUAAAUUAACGUUAUGGAUUUUUAACGGAUGUCUUAAUUAUACAUUAUUAUUAACGGGAAUACUGUAUUACACAGAUUAAAAUCGGGUCCCGAGUCAACUCCCGGACUCUUCCAGGAUAUGCCAAUGUCACGAGCCUCCUGUUUCCUAGUGCACUGCCUGGAAAACCAGGCACAGCCCUGUUUACUCUCGCUCAGCGAAAGCAACCUCCAGCAGACAAAUCCAUCUCUGCAUUUAACGAUGAACUUCCCCUAUUCUCCAAGGAAAAAUAAGUCUGGGUCAAGUUGUAAAUCGUUAUUCCGUGGCAAAUGAAAUAUUCAAAGUAUGCGACGCACAAGUGGAGAAGAGGCUCUUUCUCAAAUAAGGGGGGGCUUUGGGGUGUCUUUUACUGUUGUUUUGUUUUCGAUGUUCAAGGAUUUAAUUGAAGUGCAGCAUUCACAAAAUCAGGCUGAACAUGGUCACUGCAUUCCCCCCGGCUUGUGCAGAAGGGCCUGUUUUGGCACUGCUUGGGAAAUUUUGACAUGAUCCCUAAACUCAACAUGGAGGAGGAAAAAAAGGCCCUUCUUAUUUACCUCCUAGGGAAAGUGUUGCCCUUAUGCCACAUAUAAUAGCAAAUUGCUUUUUUUAUGGCAUGCAUAACCUAGAUGGGAAAAAAUAUGGCGCUUGAGGGAAGGAGGGAAAAAGUAAAUGAAGUUCCAGGAAUGUCAUUCUGAAGUAAUGAGGCAUGGACAGAAAAUAUACCCCUCACAUCAUCGGAUUGAGAUGGCAGUCGAAAUAGCUUCAUUGAAGUGUCAGCACUCAUCCAUCAAUCAAUCAUCCACAAGGAAAAAUAGCGACAGUACAACGGGGCGGCUUUUAUGGGAUUUACUCAUGGGCAUAGGGAAUAGCAGCUCAAAUGUAGUUCUGACAUGAAAAGCAAGGUGCUGAUAUUAUUUUUUAUGAUGGGAGGAUCAUAAAGUGAAUUGAGAACAGUGAGGUCUGUCUUUGCUUAACCUAUUCAACUGGAAAUGAACGGAGCUCAACUGGAAACGAGCAGAGCCUUCAGAUGGGUUAAGAUUGAAGCCUGUGCCGUGCUGAGCACUGGCCAUUGACAACAAAAUUCUAUUAAAGCAAAAUCAAUGCAUUAGCAUCGAGCUCCUCAGAAGCUGUUAAAUUGCACAGCCCAGAUCAGAGUUAUUUGGUGAAGUUGCCCAAGGUGGGGCCUGUGGCGUGGACCCAAAGGCCACGAGCGCCAACAGUGAAUCACCACCUGGGAGAAACCACGUGUGUGUAUCUCCAGGCCUGCUCCUUUCCCUGAGCUUUUGGGUGCACAGAAAAAAUAUUUGGCUUGUUGCAGCAGCCAAAUGUGAAGCUCUUGAUGCUGUGCCCUGUUGCUGGUGUUUUGCUGUCUGCUCUGGUAGAAUCCUCCAUGCAGUUGGGUUUGUCCCCUGUGGUCGUGGCCAGAGAAGCUGGCAGGAGCCUCUUCCUGCAAAAGGGAGGCCCUGAGUGCCCACAGCAACCAGGGCUGGGGCUCCUGGGCUCACCAGCUGCUCAAUUUUGGCAGAACAGAGGCUUUGCUGGUGUCCCAUAGCCAGUGAGCAGCAAAAACCCACAGCCCUGUCUUGUCAGCACCUGGGACCCCAGAGGUGCAAACCUCCAGGGAGAUUUUGGGAGGGCCAGUCCCCCUGAGGGAGGUCUGGCCAUCCCAGCAGCAGGUUCUGCUCAGGAGGCUUGGCUCUGGCACAGGCAAAUGUGGGAACAGCUACUUCCUUUAAAAACGUGGCCACAAACCUUUAUUACACAGAGCUAAGCCUCGCUCGUUCUGCCGGCACCGCUGUCCUCUGGGAACGUUUUAGGUACACAUUUGAAUUAACUGGGUUUUAUUUUUUUUUUUACAAUAUGAUAUAAAAAAAGAAAAUGUACAUCUCUCCUCUCUCUUUCUCUGUGCGGAACUGGAUGGGUUGAUAGUUUAUCUGUCAUAUAAAUCAGGUAACACAGAAAAUCAUUGCAUCUUUUCUCUGUCGCAGCUACUCAAUAUCUAUCGUUCUGACUUUUAUUCUUAUUGGAGAUCAUCAAAACAUUAAUUAAAAGCCUGGUGAUCAAACAGCCGAAUAUUUAUGAUUCACGUCCUUGCUUAUUAACAAGUGGCAUAUUGAUACACCACAUAUCCAAGCUGUUUGUGCUCCUGCACUGCAAUAAAGCAGUGAGAAUUGUUACCCUGCUUUGAAAGAUUUAUUCAGAAACCACAGCUCCCUUCCCACCACCACCCAUGUCAAAAUAAGCCAUAUCACCUUUAAAAAAUUGUUCUAUUUUAAAAGAAGGAGAUGCAAUUAGCAUCCCUUUGGAGCCUAAUAUAUAAGAAUUUCAGUGGAUCAGUCUCAGGUGUUUUUUCCAGGCUCUUAUUAUUUAAGCUGAGAGGGAGAAGGACACUUAACUUUAAAAAUAGUUGUCAUUAGUACAAUAAUAAUUGUUGGGUUAAAAAAAAAAAUCUUUGAGAAUCUGCUAAAAAACCUGCCCAGUAAUUACUUGUCAAUGCAAGUUAUCAGGGGGUUUAUUACCUAGUUGUAAAAGUAUUUACAAGACUGACCUUCCCAGCUUUUUUUUAGAGAUCAGGGAGGAUACAAAAAGUCAUUUUAAAAAUCAAUAAUUAUAUAUUAGCAGGAUAGGGGUUGAAGCCUUCCAAGCCAGUUUUACAGGCUAUCAAGUCAACUCUUACUCAUUACCAUGGCAAGGAUUGUUUCCCUAAUUUUUGGCCUUUUUUUUCUUUCCUUAAUCAUGUUUUGAUAAAGUGCCAUAUUUAUUGAUUAAUUUAUACCCACGGUUCAGUUCCUAAAACAGAAAGGUGUGUUCCCACUGGGAACAUCCAUGGAAAACAAGCUGCCCUGAGUGAGCAGGAAAUACAGAAGUAAGGGAGUUUUGUCCUGGGGCAGCUCUGGUGGGAGUUCUCUGAGGGGACAUUGGCUCUGUGCUGGUUCCUGAGGGCCUGAUCCAGCCACGGGCCAGCACAGCAGCUCAGGGCAGCCCAUGGUUUGGCUGUGCUGUGGAUAUUAUUUUGGGCUCAAACCUGUUAAAAAAACAAGGGAAUGAAGAUGGCAGCCUGAUUUUUGGCAGAGAUUGAAGAACUGACUCUGCUCAGCCCCCGAGGCCGGGCUGUGCUGAGGCCACGUCCCCUCUCCCUGUGCCAUCGUAACUCCCAGGCUGGAGCAGAGGUGGAUCUCCAUCACACAGGCCUUUUGUCUUCGCCAACAGAUAUACGAUGCAAUUUAUAUUUAAAAUUCUCUCUAUAAAGACAGUAUUGAUCACAGAUUCCAGAUCAAUAUGUUGCAAUUACAGCAGGCUUUAAAGGCCAUCUGUCCCCAAGCAAGAGCACCGAUCCAGCCACCUCGAUGGAUUGGGAACAAGUGCUACUGGUUUGUGCCCAUCUUCUCACAGCCUGACAUAUUAUUUGUGUUCCUAGGAAGUUGUGUGAGGAGCUAUAGAGCUGUAAUUCCUGGGUACUGACCUCCCAAGAGGGGCCCUCAGACCAGCUUCUCGCUGGGUUUCACAGCAGGUCAGUGACACUGUGGUUUUGCUCACCUGGGUUUCCUGCUCCCCCUCACAAUUUAUCCCAGCUUUCCUUGUUGCCAAACCUCUGUCCUCAGUUGGGAAUGGUCAGCAAGAGGGUCUUGAAUUUCACUAAAACUAAGAACUUUUCCAUAACGGUGCUGAAGUGUUGUAGUUGGACAUUGGUGGGUGCAAACUGAGCCUUUUUUUAUGCCACAGAAUCAUUUAGGUUUGAAAAGACCCCCACAGUCAUGGAGCCCAACCUCUGACCACUGUGUUAUGUGACAGAUUGCACCACAGCAAGUGUAAUAUUUUUAGACUUGUAAUAAGUGAAUAAAUGACAUGCAUCUAAAGGCAGCCUUCAAUUCACAUUUCAUCAAACUGAGGUCCUAAUUUGUCUGCACCUGAAGUCAAGAUCUGUCUGUUGAUGGCCCUGGGUGAGCCACUGGGUUGUUAUUCCAGAAAGAAAUGCUGUCCUGGAUUUUUUCCUUUUCUUAAUUAUUUCCUGCAGUGGUUGGCUUCACACAAACACACAGAAUUUAGAACUUUAAUUCUUCAACUUCCUUCCGAGGGAAAAUGAAAGAAUAAAAUAAUGGAUUUGCACUGUUAACAGAAGCUGACUUACCUUUGCAUCCCACACAUGCUGUGCCACGUCCUGCCAGCACCUCCCUGAUCUUCCCUGCAACCGCCUCCCUCUGAUUUGGUUUCAGUCCAAUGUCUAAAAAAACAGAAGCCAGAUUCUGGGUGGAAUUAUUCCAGUGUAAAUCCAGAGCCACUCCUUCAAAUUCAGUAGAUUUACCCUCUGUCUGCACAACCCCAAACACUGUCCUCAUGGUCCUAACCUCGCAUUCCCAACAUGUUUAGGCAGUUUUGAAAACAACUUCAGCAAACAGCCUCUAUCUCCAGACAAAUUAAACCUUCUGCACUUCGGAAGGUUCAGAGUUAUGUCAGGGAGGAGACUGCAAUACUUUGGUAUUGCUGUGACUAUGCUGGUAAAAGUCCUGAUGUAAAACCAGUUGUAUCACUAUAAAGCACUUUAUACUGGUACAGCUCCUUUUGUUUUGCUGGACCACUUCUAUCCCAGUGCAAGCACUUUUAUCCCGGUAUUCUCCAGUCUAUGCUAGUGGUGGUUUUUUGUUUUCACUGUGCUGGCAAAAAAGUGAAGAGCAGAUGAAGUUUAGGAUGACACUGUUGUUUCUCGUACCAAAGUGUCUGCACAAUGAUUUCCUGGGGAGUAUUUUGAAAAGCGAACUUGCUGUACAGUGGACUUAACUGCAGAGUAAUAAACUUCCAGUUCAUCAUCCCUCUCAGCUCAUGAAAUGUCUCCAGGCCUUUGUAAAAAGCCCUGUUUGAGACAACAGAUUAAAUACUAAUCCUGGCGGAUCGUACAUCCCCACUUCAGUUCACACCAUCUCGCUGAGCAAACUUCUUUUUUUUUCCCUUUUUUGAUCUAAGUAAAGGCAACAAAUUCUCUCAUUAUACUUCUUAGAGGAGAUAGCAGGGGGAAAAAAAAAGAUCAGUAUUUCAAGAAGAAAAUGAAAAUAACACCUUGGAAAAAAAGCAGCUACUUUAAAGGCAGGGAAUGCUGUCCCCAUCCCCAGGGAUUCACGGUGUGGAAACGUCCACACAACUGUCUCCAGUGUGGAGGAUUUAUGUGGGCAAGGUUUUCACUUAGGAACUGGUCCAUGGAGCAUUAAAUAAAUGCAUACCUGUGUGGAGAUGUGCAGGUAGCUGCAGAUAUUCCCCCCUCCAUGCACCAUGUGUGUGCAGACACGGGCACACCCGGGUGUGUUUGUGCAUCUCUUCCUGCCCAGGCACCCACCCCUGGCUGAGGGACCAGCUGGGCACUGCUGGCAGCAGGGCCUGCAGGAUGAGCAGGGCAGGAUUUUGGCUUUAUAAGGCAGCAAACGCUGGGAUGUGCAAUACAGGUUGCAAAAGCUGACAAGCUCAACAGUUCUUAUCUGGCUCAGGGUACUUCUCCGUCCUGUCUCUGGUACAAUACCCCCUCCUGUCUCGUGCUCAGGCACCACUUCUUAAUCCUCUGUUGUUUUGUUUUUGUUUGUUUUUGUUUUUUUUUUUAUUCUGCAUGUUUAUUUUGGGUUUUAUUAUCUGGAACCUGUCAGCAGGAAUCAAGAGAGAUCCACCCCCACUUAAAGAAAGGAGCACAGUUGGCCAUAACAGUAAAUUGGAUGGUUUCGCUCUGCCCCUGCCCACGUUUGUUAUUGGCAGCAUCUUCAGGUCCCAUCUGUGACCCGUGGUGUUAGGGCUGGAAUUUCGUUUCAAAAAUGGUCAUAAAAAUAAAGAAUCAAAAGCUCAUUUCUCUUUUCAAAAAAAAAAAAUAAAAAAAUAAAAAAAUGUAUAUACUCCAAAUGGCAAAAAGGAAAGAUGAACCACGUUUUUUAUACGAACAAACCAACGGGACUCCCUUGGAGAGGACUCACAGUGACUUUCUCUGUAGAAUGUCUCAGUGCUCUGCACUGAUUUUGUAACCAGUGCAUGCUGUAUAGAACAUAUUGCCUGUAACUUAGAGUGGAGGGGGGGCCAAGCUGCUCUUCCUUGGGCACUGCAGCUUGUUGGGAUGAAAAGUUGCGCCUUUGAUGCAUUUUUAUACUGUACAUAUUUGUAUAUAUUAACUAUAUUGCCAUGUUAUGAACACAGAUUUUGUUAUAUUUGCUUGUUUCGGUUUCCUAACAAAAAAAAAGGGAAAAAAAAUGGGUCCAUAACGGGGGAUAUUGUUUUAUUUUUUUUUUCCCCAAUAGAAAAUAUGCUUGUAAUUUUUGUUUGUUUGUUUUCUUGGUCAUCAUCUUUUAAUGGCUCAUAAAGGAAUUAGAGACGAGUUUUUGGAGGAACUCUGAGAAGCAAGUCUGUGUUUGCAUGAGACCUGCCCAGUUGCUGGCUAGAAAGGGGGGCGGGGGGAAGAGGGGAAAUCUAAGUCAAGUUUUGCUUUUAAAGCAUGCUUAGUCCCAUGGGAAACUCAUACAUGUACAAUUAUUCUCUUUGUAUUUUAUCUAAUAGCGCCUGAAUUAUUUUUUUUAAUGUCUUCUUGGAGGAACAAUUCAUAAUUGUCAAAAUUUGAAACAUUAGCUUAAUUUUGUUUUCAUGACCCCUCAUUUCUUCUCCUUAUUUAUUUUGUUGCUGUUUAUAAUGGGCCCCAAGGCCAUUUCUGACAUUGCAGUGUUCUUCUUCCACAUUAAGGAUGUUUUUGAAAUUACUAAGAUUAUUGAGCCAACAGGCUGUUUUAAUCAAAACCAUGUUUCACUUGGUUUGGGUGAUUAUGAAUGGUCCUUCUCAAGGAAAAAGCCCUUUCUGCUGGGAGGACCAUACCAUCUAGUGGCCCUGGAGCUUCAUCACAGACACACAUCUUCCCCAUAUUUACUGUCUUUCCAAAAGCCUGGCUGGCAAUUUUGCUUCCAAUUAUUUGCUUAUUAUAACUAACUUAAACUAAACAAAUUGAUAAUGUUAAUGGCUUUUCCUCCCUUCCCCCCCCCCAUGGUUGAUUGCUAAAUAAAUUCGUAUAAUUUAUACUAGAGGAGAUUAUUGCUUUUAUUGUUUUGGGUUCCCCCAAACCAAUUAUUAACAAUCAGGACUAUGUAUCUCAUUAAAUUUAAAUCAGGUCAAACCUAUUUAUCUAAGGCCUUUUCUGAUUUACAGGAAGAUGACUGUAUUCCAGAGCAUUUAAGAUGUAUUUCUGUGUAUGAUUUUGCAGCAUUGAAAUCUGUUAAUGGUGAUUUUUUUUGUUCUGUAUUUUCACCACGGUAAAUACGUUGUUAAAA